AUGCGAGUCAAGAUUGGUGUCUCCGCCCUCGUCUCUAUCAACUCAGGAUUCAAAGGUGAAUCCCAGAUCACCAUUAUCAGCCGAGCAGAAUGGGGCGCGAGACCACCCAGGUCACGUGCCAGUAUGACGUUACCUGUCCCUUACGUCAUCAUCCACCAUAGUUACGAACCAGAUGUAUGUUUCAACCGGUCACAAUGUGAGAAGUAUGUGCAGGGAAUACAGAAUUUUCACAUGGACACCAGAGGCUGGGAUGACAUCGGCUACAACUUCUUGGUCGGCGGGAACGGCGACGUGUUUGAGGGGCGGGGGUGGGACACGAGGGGCGCACAUAAUUUUCACAUGGACACCAGAGGCUGGGAUGACAUCGGCUACAACUUCUUGGUCGGCGGGAACGGCGACGUGUUUGAGGGGCGGGGGUGGGACACGAGGGGCGCACAUGCGGGGUCUAUGUGGAACGGCCAAUCAAUCGGAAUUUGUUUCAUCGGAAAUUUCACCGACAAGCUGCCACCAGAGAAGGCCAUAAUGGCAGGGAAAAUGCUGAUUCAGCUUUCCGUUGAGAGGAACAAGUUGAUGUCUAACUACACCCUGUACGGACAUCGCCAAGUUCUUCCCAGAACCUGCCCUGGGGAGGAGUUCUACAAGAUCGUUACUGAAUGGAAGCACUGGAGACUCCACAUGGACACCCAAGGAUGGGAUGACAUCGGCUACAACUUCUUGGUCGGCGGGAACGGAGACGUGUUUGAGGGGCGGGGUUGGGACACGAAGGGCGCCCAUGCGGGGGCUAAGUGGAACGGCCGAUCGAUCGGAAUUUGUUUCAUCGGAAAUUUCACUGACAAGCUUCCACCAGAGAAGGCCAUAACGGCAGGGAAAAUGCUGAUUCAGCUUUCUGUUGAGAGGAACAAGUUGAUGUCUAACUACACCCUGUACGGACAUCGCCAAGUUCUUCCCAGAACCUGCCCUGGGGAGGAGUUCUACAAGAUCGUUACUGAAUGGAAGCACUGGAUGCCAGGAAAUUACACCACCACGUCAUCCUAAUGAUGAUGCCAUCUUUGAUGCAUCCGCUAUUUUCUUUUUUUUCAUUUUCAUUUCAUUAUUAAACAUUUAUGAAUAAAAUAUAUUGAUUUUAUAUUUCAUAAUUUGCUUUCUAUUUCGUAUUCAUUUUAGAAUUAUACCGUUCUUAAUAUAUAUUUUGAAUGUAAUUUCUUUGCUCAAUCAACUGUUUUGAUUGUAAGUUGCUAACGUUACUUGCCCAAUUAUCUUAUCAUCUUUAGCUAUUGUCGUACGUUGAUAUUUAGGUUGAGACCAAAAUAAAACAAAGAGCUGGUAAUAUGCACAGUUAGAAAGAAAUGAAUUAUUGAAAUAAAACAAAGAGCUGGGAAUAUGCACAGUUAGAAAGAAAUGAAUUAUUGAAAUAAAACAAAGAGCUGGGAAUAUGCACAGUUAGAAAGAAAUGAUUUAUUGAAUAACAAAAGCUGUAGCAGCACAUUUGGCUGAAUUGCCGUUUCAUACAAUAAUUAAUUAAGUUACGUAGCUGAACACAUUUCAAGCAUUACAUGAGAAAUACAUCUUAUUAAUUUCUCCCGUUCUUGUAAAAAGUAGAAGAAAUCUUAGG